AUGGCGCGCGUGUUCCUCAAGCUCGACGCGAACGGCGACGGGCGGAUCUCGCGGUCGGAGCUGGCGGCGCUGUUCGAGAGCCUGGGCCACGCAGCCUCCGACGACGAGGUGGCGCGGAUGAUGGCCGAGGCGGACGCGGACGGCGACGGCGACGGCUUCAUCAGCCUGGACGAGUUCGCGGCGCUGAACGCGACGGUGGCCGGCGACGCCGCCGCCGUCGAGGAGGACCUCCGCCACGCGUUCCGCCACCUCGCGCGACCAGCCCUAGCGAAUUCAUAUUCCAUUCCUGGUUCUCCGUCCAUGGCCGCGUCGCUGCUUCACCGUGGCGCUGUCGCCAGCCGCCGGCGAUGCCCGGUGGAGAUGCUGCGGCGGCUGGUCUCGUCCGAGGCGGCGCCCGAGCGGGCACCGUCGCGGCCGCCGCCGGAGAUGCCGCCGUUUGACCACCGGCCCCGCCCGUACGCCGGGAUGGGUGGCGCCGAGAUCUUCGAGAAGAGGAAGGCGGUGCUCGGCCCGUCGCUCUUCCACUACUACCAGAAGCCGCUCAACAUUGUGGAGGGGAAGAUGCAGUACCUUGUCGUGUGGCCAUUGCCAUCCGGAUAUUGUGAAUGCGGUGGUGGAGCAGACCAAGUUGCUCCAGCACACACAACCACCAUUUACUUGCAUCAUGCCAUUGUAGAGUUUGCAGAGGCCCUCACCUCCAAAAUGCCUGGCAAUCUCAAGGUUGCGUAUUUCGUGAAUUCUGGUACUGAAGCGAAUGAAUUGGCAAUGUUGAUGGCCCGGCUGUAUAGUGGGAAUCUCAGUAUGGUUGCACUCAGAAAUGCAUAUCAUGGUGGAAGUGCCGGUACGAUUGGAUUGACUGGUUUGCAGACAUGGAAAUACCCAAUUCCUCAGGGUGAAAUACAUCAUGUCAUGAACCCUGAUCCUUAUCGGGGGACUUUCGGGUCUGAUGCUGCAGCUUAUGCUAAGGAAGUCGAAGAACACAUAACUUAUGGAAGUUCAGGAAGGGUUGCAGGCUUCAUUGCAGAAACAUUCCAGGGUGUGGGAGGUUCUGUUGAACUAGCUCCUGGAUACCUAAAGUUAGCUUAUGACAUUGUGCGCAAGGCUGGUGGCGUUUGUAUUGCUGAUGAAGUCCAGAGUGGUUUUGGUCGUACUGGCAGUCAUUACUGGGGAUUCCAGACACAAGGUGUCAUUCCUGACAUAGUCACCAUGGCAAAGGGAAUUGGCAAUGGCCUACCAUUGGGGGCAGUUGUAACAACUCCUGAGAUUGCAAGUGUGUUAGCUCAAAAAAUCCAAUUUAACACAUUUGGUGGAAAUCCAGUUUGUUCUGCUGGUGGAUUAGCUGUGCUUAAGGUACUUGACAAGGAGAAACGCCAGACACAUUGUGCUGAUGUUGGAGCUCACUUGGUGGAGCGUCUAAAAUCGCUUCAGGAGAAGCACAAAAGUAAAAUUUCUAAUCUUGAUUUAGUUCGUGUACUCUUUAUGUUGUCCAACCUUUUCGGCUAA